AUGGACAAUCAAAAUCAGACAACCAUUGUAACAUCUUUUGUGCUCUUGGGAUUUUCAUACAACCCAACAAUGCAGGUUUUCCUUUUCUUGAUAUUCUCCUUUAUGUAUGUCAUAACUGUGUUGGGGAAUACUAUGAUUGUGAUGGUAAUAAAGGGAAGCAGUAAUCUCCAUAGUCCUAUGUACUUCUUCCUUAGUCAUCUGGCCUUUCUUGAUAUCUGCUUUUCUUCUGUCACUGUGCCAAAGCUGCUACUGAUUUUCUCUCUAAGCCAUGCAAUUUCAUAUAAUGGAUGUCUCACCCAGAUGUUUUUUAUCAUUCUUACAGCUGGCUCUGAAGCAUACCUUCUGGCAGCAAUGGCUUAUGACCGAUUUGUUGCCAUCUGCAAGCCUCUGCAUUAUGUACAAAUAAUGAGCACAUCAUUUUGUAGAUGGUUGGUAGUGGGUGCAUGGACAAUAGGGUUUGGAUAUGCCAUGGUAAAUACAUUACCUGUACUGAAGCUAUCUUUCUGUGGAUCAAAUAUUAUCAGGCACUUCAGCUGUGAGUUUCCAUCUGUCCUGGCCUUAUCUUGCACAGACACUUUCCUGAAUGCAAUGACACUUCUCACAACAGGUGGCGCAGUAGGGGCUUCUUCAUUCUUUAUUAUUCUGUUGUCCUAUAUCCGCAUUAUUUCUACUAUCCUGAAGAUGCAUUCAGCAGAAGCUAAAAGAAAAACUUUCUCUACUUGUAGUUCUCAUCUUAUUGUUGUUAUCUUGUACUAUGGAUCAGGCUUGUUUAGAUACAUGAGGCCUAAAACAGCUUCCUCUGCAAUUAUGGAUACACUCUUUUCCAUUCAAUAUAGCAUUUCAACACCCAUGUUAAACCCCAUUAUCUACAGCUUUAAGACCAGAGAAGUAAAGGAAGCCAUCAAGAAACUAAUGAGGUGUAAACCAUUGAUUUCUCCUACUAAUGCGGUUUUAUAUUGA